AUGCCGAGUAAGUCGAGAAAAGAGAAGGACUCCACAAAGUCUGGCAGGUCUAGCAAAAGUGGAAGCAAAAAUGCCCAAGAAAAUCAGAAUUCUGAAAAUGAGGGUUCCACCAGGGGGAGCAGUGACAGCUCGCCCCCUACCACCCAGCUGUUGCGAGUGAAGCAGCCCUACUCACAAGCCGCUCUGAAGAAAGAGAGAAGGCAGAGCGCUUCCUGCUUCCUCCUCAGCAAAAACAGAGAGCUGCACAAGCUCCCACCGCUCAAAGAUGUGGCGCCGGCCGAACAGGAGCGGCUGUUUAUUCAGAAGCUGAGGCAGUGUUGCGUUCUUUUCGACUUCGUGUCCGACCCGCUAAGUGACCUGAAAUGGAAGGAGGUGAAGCGGGCUGCCCUCAGUGAGAUGGUCGAACACAUCACACACAACAGGAACGUCAUCACCGAACCCAUCUACCCCGAGGUGGUGCACAUGUUUGCCAUCAACAUGUUUCGGACGCUACCGCCUUCCUCCAACCCCACGGGGGCGGAGUUUGAUCCCGAGGAGGAUGAACCGACGCUGGAAGCAGCUUGGCCACACCUCCAGCUCGUUUAUGAAUUUUUCCUUAGAUUUCUUGAAUCCCCUGAUUUCCAGCCCAACAUAGCGAAGAAAUACAUUGACCAGAAGUUUGUGAUGCAGCUUUUGGAACUGUUUGAUAGUGAAGACCCCCGAGAGAGAGACUUCCUAAAGACUACCCUGCACAGAAUAUAUGGAAAAUUCCUUGGACUGAGGGCUUACAUCAGAAAACAGAUCAAUAAUAUAUUUUAUAGAUUUAUUUAUGAGACAGAGCAUCACAAUGGAAUAGCCGAAUUACUGGAAAUACUUGGAAGUAUAAUCAAUGGUUUUGCCUUACCAUUAAAAGAAGAGCACAAGAUUUUUCUGCUGAAGGUUUUAUUGCCAUUGCACAAAGUCAAGUCACUCAGUGUCUAUCAUCCUCAGUUGGCGUACUGUGUGGUGCAAUUCCUAGAGAAGGACAGCACACUCACUGAACCAGUAGUGAUGGCCCUUCUUAAGUACUGGCCAAAGACGCACAGCCCAAAGGAAGUCAUGUUCCUCAACGAGCUGGAAGAGAUUCUGGACGUCAUUGAGCCGUCCGAGUUCGUCAAGGUCAUGGAGCCCCUCUUUCGCCAGCUGGCCAAGUGUGUGUCCAGCCCACACUUUCAGGUGGCAGAGAGAGCGCUGUAUUACUGGAAUAACGAAUACGUCAUGAGUCUGAUUAGUGACAACGCGGCCACGAUUCUCCCCAUCAUGUUUCCAGCCCUGUACCGUAACUCAAAGACCCACUGGAACAAGACGAUUCACGGUUUGAUUUAUAAUGCGCUGAAGCUCUUUAUGGAGAUGAACCAGAAACUCUUUGAUGACUGCACACAGCAGUUCAAGGCGGAGAAAAACAAGGAGAAGGCAAAGUUAAAAGAAAGGGAAGAGGCCUGGCUAAAGAUUGAGAAUCUCGCUAAAUCAAACCCACAGUUCCAUAUGUUUGUUGAUUCCUCUGGCCUCAAUAGUCCAGUAGAAAUGGAGACCGAUGGUCAUUUGAUAGAAGAUAUUCACAUGUUAAAAAAGACAGUAAAGGAUGGAGCCACACAGAUACAGAAGGAUCAGAGGAAAGAUCGUCCACUGGUGCGACGCAAGUCCGAGUUACCGCAGGAUGUUCAUACCGUGAAAGCCUUGGAGUCACAUCGGCGCGCAAAAGACAUGAUCACCAAUCACGACAGCCAUUAGUUUCCUCCUUUGGGCUAUAACCCCUGGUCACAGCAUUUCCAAUAGUCCUUUCUCGUUCCUCUGUGGCCCACGCCCACAAGACACAGGUCUCUCGGCCCCCUCUUUUUCACCACAUGGCUCUGCCCAUGACAAUGGACCUUUUCCGAUGGCGUCAGAAGCUCCUCCCUCUUCUUUCUGUAACUCCGCCCAAAAAGAAGUCAGCCCACGAACAGCAUGGUUUCCACGUCUAUCCUCCCGCUCGUAGAGUUUGGAUAAUUUCUCAGGUUUUAAUUUUGGUGGUGCCGGAACAAGCACUUUUAGUAUUUGGUCCUUUGAAUAUUUUUCUGUUUUCUUCUUGUCUUCUGUGUGUGUGGGGUUUUUUUUUUUUUCAUUCAUUUGUUUGUUUGGGGGGUUUUUUUGUUUGUUUUUUUUCUUUCUUUCCUCUUUUAACUCUCUGUUUGUUCCUCAAAAACAACGACAGAAAGCUCCUGUAGCUCUUUACAGUAUGACAAUUAAGGAUCAGCCAAGAAACGAAUGAAGCAGACAGCGCAGAGAGGGGAUGGGUAUUUGGUUUCUAUUCAUCCUGUCAAAAGGAAGACAGUUAUGGGACCUGAGGCUGUUUGUAGUGCUUUCUUUUCCUCAGUCACAAGGACAGUUGCCAGUGCCAACUUUAUUAUUUUUUUUUUUUGUCUUUGAAAUUUAUCUGUUACCGUAGAAAUAUUUGAUCCGUGUUGAACAGGUUUGGUCACGAGGACAUAUAGCAAAGUAUGGAAGGCUUGUCUUUGGCCGUGUAUAUUUUUUUUGUGUUUAAUAUUUAACUUUGCCUAUCUGAGUACACUGAUUUCUGUGGUGGAUUAUGUUUCUUACAUAAGUCAUUUUUGUGCCAUAAAAAAAAAAAAAAAAUCACACAUUUAUUUAACCGUUAGAUCCCUUGUCUGGCUUCUUUAUUGUGGAACGUUAAUGGUUCAAACAAUGGUACCAUUUUUAAAAGAGCAAAAACAGCUAUUGUUAAGAUCAACUUCAUAAAUGUUUCUUUUUAUAUUUUUUUUUGUUUGUUUGUUUAAGACAACCACAUUCCUACCAUUUUCACAGCCUCAUCACAAAACGGUUCUGGGCCCAUGUGUAUUAUGUGUCUCGAGAGUAAAAUUUCUGAUCUGGGAUCAGCUCCUCUAGGUGCAUAUAAUAUUAUUUAUGAGAAUGUUAAAAGACAAAAACUGAUUCAAGACCAGGGGUCUUAUUCUGAGAAAAUCUGAUACAUAGAGCUCUGCAUUAGGUCAUCGUUAGUUUUAGGGGUUUUUUUUCUGAAUACUCAUUCUAAUUACUGAAGUGAAGCCAGCAGUCCACAAAUCUGAGAGGUAACUAUUCUUCAGCCCCCUGCCCUCUUUGUCAACUGUAUUUCAUUGUCUGGCAGAAAAGCUCCAAACACCUGUUUUCACAGUCGAGACCAGUUCCAGAUAACAAGAUGAUGUCAAAAAAAAGAAAGAAAAAAGAAAAAAAACCUAGAACAGCCCUUAGGGACUGUCGCCACACCGCCGUGGCCCUGACUCUCCAGCAGACCUGAAACGACUAAAUGGGUAUUAGUCAUAAGAUUAAAAAAAAAACCAAAAACGCACCAAACAAACCUUCGCCUCAUUCUGUGACCGUCUCUACGACGUGGCUGCCAGAGGGAUUCUGCUUGCCCAGUUCUUUUACGAACGCAAGAGGAGCGAGGAAAAGCAGUCUGGAGGGACA